UGGCACAGCCAAACCUGGACUUGAACCCAAAGAUACUUCAACAAAGUACUGAGUAAAGGGUCUGAAUACUUAUGGAAAUGUUAUAUUUAAGUUUUUUUAUUUUGAAUAAAUUAGCAAACAUUUAUAAAAACCUGUUUUUGCUUUGUCAUUAUGGGGUAUUGUGUGUAGAUUGAUGAGGGGUGGGCACAAUUUAAUACAUUUUAUAAGGCUGUAAUGUAACAAAAUGUGAAAAAAGUGAAGGGGUCUGAAUAUUUUCCGGAUUAACUACAUAUUGAAUGUUGAAUGUGUGUUAACUGUACAGCUGUUGUCUUAUGAUCAACGUGCGUCUGUUAAAUAUAGCAAAGACUUCUUCAGCGUUUUCUAUGUUAUUUAAAAAUGAAUACAAUAUUUUGAUACUGUUUCAUGAUAAAAUUACUGCUUGACACACACACACACACACACACACACACACACACACACACACCACACACACAAAAGGAGACAGGAGAGCAGGAAUGAAAGGAGGGAAUAAGGUAGAGUUUUGACUUUAUUGUUGGAACGGGCGCUGCUAGUGAGCCGCUAACCGUUGGUUGUUGGGAGUGACAGCGACAUGAGCUGGUCAGAGCGGGUAAGAACGUAAACACUUAUUACUGAUGAAAAAAAUCUCAUAAAAAAAACAGUCCGUUACUACCUAACAAAACAUAAAACAAGUCUUAGCAACAGCUUAAGUACCCCAGAUGACCGGAUAGCCUACUGUAUAAUACGGCUAAAUGUAGGCUAUAUUAAAAUAGCAACGUAGCGUGUUUCUCUCACAAAAAGAAAGUUCGCAUCUCUCUUUCCAGAUGAUGCUGAUGCGAGAGCAUCUCUCUCCGUCUCUUUGGUGGGUUAGAUAGGAGGUCCAGUCGGACCCAUUUCACUGCGACACCUGCUCUAAUCUAUCCACCAUUAACAACGGACAGGGCUGUCAGAACAGACCUAUUGAGCAAAUAGUGGACAGGUCUGGACUACAACACCCGUCUAUCGCUCACAAUGAAACAGGGUGGUCUCGUGGACGACACGGAGGAUGUGGAGUUGGAUUUCAGUACCGAGGAGGAGGAGCAGAGAGCGCUCAGGGGGGCAAAGAUCCGACAUCCCCUCGCCUCCUUCCUGCACCUGUUCUUCCGAGUGGCUGCCAUAGUAACCUACCUGCUCUGUGAUUGGUUCACCAAGAGCUUUACUUCCUGCUUCAUUAUGAUCAUCACUCUGCUGUCCUGCGACUUCUGGUCCGUUAAGGUGAGAACACACACACACACACACACACACACACACACACACACACUUUCUCACGUGUGUGUGUGUCAGAAUGUGACAGGCAGGUUGUUGGUGGGUCUGCGAUGGUGGAACCAGAUCGAUGAGGAUGGGAGAAGCCUCUGGGUGUUUGAGGACAGGAAGUCCUCUCCCCAGGCCGGUGGUACGGAGGUGGAGGCCAGGAUCUUCUGGUCGGGUCUGAUCAUCUGUCCUCUCAUCUGGACCGGCUUCUUCUUCACUACCCUGUUCUGUCUGAACAUACACUGGCUGGUGUUGGUGGUAGCCAGUAUCUCUCUCCAGGUGGCAAAUCUAUAUGGUUACCUGCGCUGCAAGAACGGCAGACAGGAAGCCCCACCCACAUCCACUUCCUCUUUCCUGCAGGGACAGCACUUCCUCCACCGGGUGAGGUUAGGGGUUAGAGGACCCUGUGUGACUGGUCUCCUCUGUUCCUGGUAUUUCAGCCUGAUAUCAUCUCUAGAAUGCUGUGAUGGAAUAGGAAUCACCUGCAGCUGCCUUCUUCUCUCUCUCUCUCUCUCUGUGUGUGUGUGUGUGUGUGUGUGUGUGUGUGUGUGUGUGUGUGUGUGUGUGUGUGUGUGUGUGUGUGUGUGUGUGUGUGUGACAGACAGAGCAGGAAAUGUUCUGGAACUCAGAAGGGGAUUUACAGAAGCCUCUCCAAGGCCUCCCAACAUCAAAGCUACUGGAAUUACAUUAGUUUCAUAUUCAGCAUUUUAAUUAUUUUGAUUUAAAUUUAUAUUUCUAUGAAUAUAUACAGUAUUUUUUACUUCUGAUGAUGUUAUAAUCUGUUUCCUGUCUGUCUGAUGGCUAAUAGAACAAACACACCUUUCUGUUUCCUGUCUGUCUGAUGGCUAAUAGAACAAACACACCUUUCUGUUUCCUGUCUGUCUGAUGGCUAAUAGAACAAACACACCUUUCUGUUUCCUGUCUGUCUGAUGGCUAAUAGAACAAACACACCUUUCUGUUUCCUGUCUGUCUGAUGGCUAAUAGAACAAACACACCUUUCUGUUUCCUGUCUGUCUGAUGGCUAAUAGAACAAACACACCUUUCUGUUUCCUGUCUGUCUGAUGGCUAAUAGAACAAACACACCUUUCUGUUUCCUGUCUGUCUGAUGGCUAAUAGAACAAACACACCUUUCUGUUUCCUGUCUGUCUGAUGGCUAAUAGAACAAACACACCUUUCUGUUUCCUGUCUGUCUGAUGGCUAAUAGAACAAACACACCUUUCUGUUUCCUGUCUGUCUGAUGGCUAAUAGAACAAAAACAUCUUCCUGUUUCCUGUCUGUCUGAUGAACAUAAUUAAAACACUGAAGAAUUGAA